GUGUGUGAAUGUGUUAUUAGUUAUCUUGAAGAAUCUUACUAAGUAGUGCAGCCUGUGGGAUAACGAUUGUUUGGAACUUAGUUGGUGCCCACUGCCCUGCGUGGAGUGGAGUGUAGUGUCUCGUCUGUUAAGAUGAGCUCGUGCUUGUCAUUAUUGGGAAGAUCUCUCUCAAACACCUGAAGAUGAAUUUCACUGGAUUCGGCUUUAACUACGACGCGCCGCUGGUCCCUGGCGCACUGUCUCCGUCGAUGCCGUUCUACGCCCUGCACGACGGCUGCGUGGUCCCGACGCUGUCCGGUGACCUGACCUAUGACCCCGGCCUCGACCCGUACGGUGUGGCUCAGUACGUGCCGCCCCCGGCACGACCCGCCGAGGGGGUCGCCGACACGGGGCAGCAGCCGGCACCGCCACCGCCGCCGCCGCCACCCCCUCAGCCGCGUCCGAGCGCCGCGCCGAAAAUUCGGCGGCCGCCCAACGCCUUUAUGGUGUUUGCCAACGAGCGCAGGAAGCUACUGGCGAGGGCGUUCCCGAACGAGACCAACCAGUCGAUCUCAGUUCGGCUGGGCUCGAUGUGGAAGGCCAUGCCGGCAGACAGGAAGACGGUCUACUAUCAAGUGGCCAAGGAGGCGGCGGCCGAGCACAAGCGGCUCUACCCCUCGUACGUCUACAGCCCUAAGGAGGCCCGAAUGCGGAAACAGGCCCGCGAGCUGGUGAGGAAGGAGAAGGCGGCCAAGCCCGCCACUGACGGCACCGGUGCCGAGCUCGCCGGUAUGGGCUGUGAGGGCGAUCCGCCCAGCACAGAGACCAGGGCCAAGCUGAUGGAGGUGGCCCAGCUGCUCGACUCGCUCUCCUCGGACCGGCUCCUGCACCAGCCCCGCCGGAGGUCGCCGUACGCCGCCGAACCGGGCGGAGCUCUCAGCGCAGAUGCGGACUCCAGCACCGCGGCCGGGGGCGCCCCUGCCGACCGGCCGGUCCCCCAGCCCGGUGUGAAGACGGAGACCCCGCCGUCUGUCGACCCCGGCGGCGUGCACCGCUCUGCCUACCCGCCGGCCGGCCAGGGCGUGUCGGAGGGGGUGGCGCGCGGGCCGCUGCACCACCCAGUGAGCAGCGCCCACGGCAGGGAGACGCAGUGGACGGUGGUGCCGCCGGGUCCCAGCAGCGGCGCCGGCGCGUUUGUACCGGUCGGCCGCGGCCCAGACGGUCAGCUGGUGUACCAGAGCCUGGCGGCGGGCUACGGACCGGCGCCGGCCGCCGACGCAGCGCCGUGCUACUUGUCUGGCCGAGCGGAGCUGGCCGACGGCGGCUGUCACCAGCUCGGGGUGGCUGGGAGGCCGGCCGACCACCCCUGGGCUGCCGUUCACCCCGCGGCGUCGGCGGCGCGACCUGGGCCGGUCCACCAUCACCUGCACGGCGCCGGUCUGCUGCGUCACCCGCCGGACGCACCGUGCCAGUCCCAGCUGGUGCCUCUGACAUCCUCCGGCUGGCCGCUGCGACUCCGGACUCCGGCAGGUGGCGGCUCAGCGGUCGCCAUGGGUGUGCCUCGCGGGCGGCUGGCGUGUGCUGGCUCCGACCCGGCUCGGCCGCACGAGUUCUGUCUGCAUCUGCUGGCGGGCGGCUCAUGCAGCCACUGUCGGCCGACGGGCUGCUGCGGCACUCUUUCCGCCGCCUGUCAGUGCCAGUGUCCGGCCGUGCUCAGCUCGCCACAGGGCCACCUCCAGCAGCGGCAACAGCCGUCCCAGCUGACACCCACGGCCCUGGGACCCGGCGGCGGCCCCCAGCCGGAGCGGCCGCGUCGCCCGACACCGAUUCGUCUGAGGAUCCCCGACCCGCGCUACAGGCAGGGACUGCGUGCCGCGCCCGCCGUCGACCUAAGGUCGUGCUGGCGGACAGUGGCGGAGGCACAGUGUUCCGCCGCUCCCCCCGCAGCCUACCUGCGCCCCGCGAGUCCCAGUAUCGAGGAGCUGGUCAGUCACCACACCCCCGAGCCGCUCGGCAUGUGAAGGAUGACACCGGGCAUCACUGGACCGCCGCCUGUGCGCCUGUACCACUCGGGUACAGGCCGCUCGGCAUGUGAGGGACAACAGGCUACACCGGGUCGGCAACUGGGGGCGGGUGCGCCGGGGCGACUCGGGUACGAAGUUCUGAGAGAGUUGAGCCAUCCAGGUACACACUGGCGUGACGGAGUCUCCGUGGUUAUGGACAGACUGGAUUGUGUUGGCAUAUGUCUGCUCGUUGUGCCCACGUACUGGGUAUGUACGAGUACUACCAGUAUCAGUAUCAUCCACCAGUGUACAAAGUUGCCGGCAGUUUGUCUUGCAUGCUUCAUUUUUAUCUUCCGUUCGUAUUGUUCACCAUACCGAAGUCGCAUGAGAUUCGGCGGUGAUGCUGACACGCAGAUUUGGGGAUACAUGAACAAGACCUUGUCUUCAAUCUUCAAUCGAACAAUCGAUGUCAAGACUUUCCCGGCUGUGCUUAUGUCGUCGGCUGUGUUUUGGCUGUGAUCAACGUGCAUGCUUGUCCUCCAAACACCGGCGAAUGUGAUUCGAACGAUCUGGCGGUACCAAGGUGUUUUUGUUUUGUUCUUGUUUCCUGUCAUGUUGCGUGUUGCGAUAAGGUGCAUGCCGGAUUUCCUUAUUUCGUUCAAUACACAUUGUUGGCACUAUUGUGUCGAAUAA